GAUGAGGGGUUGGGCUCGGGCGAGAGAUGUGGGAUGCUGACACCGUUGAUGAGGCUGCUCUUCGCGUGGUGGAGGCCCCUCGGCGGCGGCGGAAGAUCCGGGCGGGAGGGGCUGCUAUGGUACCGGGGCCUGGGCCGGUGUGCCGGGGGAGCUACUUCUCCAUGGCCGUCGUGCAGGCCAACGAGGUGCUGGAGGACCAGAACCAGAUCGAGUCCGGGCUCUUCGUCACCUUUGUCGGAGUCUAUGACGGCCAUGAGAAAUCUUUGUUGGGUCCCUAGGUGCUAUGUUGAUGCUGAGGUUUCAUCUGAUUCUGACCACAGGGUGUGACAUUUGAUGGCAUUCGAAGAGCUUUUCUACAGCUACAGAGGAAGAUUUUGUUUCCCACCUCUGGAAAUCUCAGCCAGAUAUGGCAACCACGGGGUCAUGUUUUCUUGUUGGUGUCGUUAGCCAAAAGACUCUUGCCAAUUCCGGUGAUUCCCGUGUGGUUCUUGGAAGGAACAUCCAUAACAUUGGUGAAAUUGCUGCAAUCCAGCUGUCCCCUGAACAGAAUGCUAAUAUGGAGGAUUUGAGGCAGGCACUCAAGGCGCAGCACCCAAAUGAUCCUCAGAUUUUCGUCCUUAAAUAUGGAGUUUGGAGAAUCAAAGGCAUCAUACAGGUUUCGAGAUCUAUAGGUGAUUCAUAUAUGAAGCAUGCCCAGUAUAACAGAGAACCAAUCAGUGCAAAGUUCAGGAUUUCUGAACCCAUGAACAUGCCUAUCUUGAGUGUGAAUCCAUCUAUUAUCACUCAUCAUCUUCAACCAAGUGAUUUUUUCCUCAUUUUUGCUUCAGAUGGUCUAUGGGAAUACCUAGGUAAACAGCAAGCAAUUGAGAUUGUUCGCGGUCAUCUGCAUAAAUAGUUUGGCGCAACCGCUUUCCUCAAUUUGUCCGGGUGCAUCUGGACUUGGUUGAGAUGUUUAGCAUGUCGAGAUUUUAUGGUUAUAAACUUCAGCAUAUCAACAAAGAGAGGAUAGAUUUCCAUACAUGAGAUAUUUGAAAUGGAUGUCUGCAACUCUUCUUUCCUGCCAACCUAGAUGGUUGUCUUGCACUUGUGAUUAGGCUAUGCAUGCAAUGGAUCCCCAUGCGAGCCACUUGCAGAUCCAACCGGCUAAUGCUCUCCAGCUCUUCUUAUGGGGCCCAUGGGAAUCGACAACAGACUUUUUCAUGAUACCUGAUAAAAAGUUAUAGACAUUGGCACCUUCUGGUGCCAAUUUUAUGCACAGAAAAGCUACCUGGUUCCAUUACAUUGCAUUAAUACCUGCUAGUGAUACUGAACCCAUGUCAGAAAAUGAAAUUCUUAUGUUCGUUUCUAGCUGCCUAUGGCAUUGUUUGCAUCCAAGAUAACUGCCAAGAUGCCAACUAUACAUGCACAUUUUAGAAAUGUUCUCAUGCCAACAGUCCUCCUGCCCUGAGUCAGGUGGAAGACAGAUGAGUUCGUACUGCUUUUAAAUAACGUGGAAUUUCAGUCAUUUGAGAUUUUUCAGUUUUUUGAUGAUAUCUGAAGGUAACAGUUGAUGCGGUCGUAGAGAUCUCAGGAAAAUGUGGGAACAAGUAUAGCUCACCGUCGACGACAUCGGGGUCUGGUAUGGAAGUUGGUGAUUGGCUGAGCAAAUUGCAAGAUCCUACUAACACUAUCGACGAGUCACACUGACCUUAUCAGCAACAUUAUCCUAGUGAACUGAGUGAUGAACCAACAAGUGAUCGGUAGCACUAGCUACUUGAAAAAUUCUCAUCCAUGAUACAUGCUACUAUUGCUUGAGGGCUGUUAGGUGCAUAGAUUCGUAAGACUAAUGUUUGAAUCUACGUAUGGUCCUUGCUUGAUGUGGACCAUGCAUUCAAUUUAUAGUGAAUAAAGGUGUGCUUCAUAUUAUGCGCGCGCACGUGCAUAUGUGUGGACACACACACAUAU